UUACAUUCAGUAAACGUGGUAUGUCACUGCAACUCGCAUUGUCUCCACCAACGGUGGCGUGCCGUUCUCACUUCGCGGUCUGCUUCAACACAAUUUUCAUUCCUGGCGAUGCACACUAUUGUCAGCGAUCAGGAUGAAAUCAAACAAGCUUGUGCGCAGAGUCGUCUGAACCGUCCGUAAACGACCAGAAUGUCCCACAAUCGGGACCCGAACUCUACCCCAGAUGGGUUUAGGGUCCUUAACACCAGUGAGCUGCGAGAGCUUUUGAAAGAUGAAGAAAAAAUGGACCAGAUCGUCAGACUCAGUGAAAAGUUCCAGGAGCUGCAGGUGGACCGAGAGACCCUCCUGACCACGAACCGCAGCCUGGCGGAGGAGAGCCUUGCCCGACGGCCACGCCUGCAGAACGGAAAGCUGCAGUUGGCCGAGAAGUACAAGGAGCUGGAGAGGGUGACCGCCGCCUGCAGGGAGAAGCAGAGGCAGCUCGAGGCCUACUCUGAGAAGCAUAGCCCGCAGACCGCCCAGAACCUUCUCCAGGAGGAGGUCGCCCGUGCUGAAGAGGAAUCUGAGGAUCUCCUGGAGAGGUUCAUGGAGGGCAGUGUUCCCCUGGAGGGCUUUCUGGAGUCCUUCCAGAGCUCCAGGAGGGCGUACCACAUCCGCCGCGCUCAGGCCGAGAAGAUCCAGGAGUUCAGCCGACCCGAGCGGAGCCUCAGGAAGCACAGACAGCCUGAGCCGGAGAAGAAGGCGGAGCAGCAGGAGCCACGCCCCAACGGCUUCAUCGCGCAGGGCCCGCCCCGCGUGUUCCAGCUGCGCUACGGCCUCACGCCCGCCUUCAUCCUGCCGCACUUCCCCCACCCCCCCGCCUCGGCCCCCGCCCACGGCGCCAGCCUACCUCCCCUGGACCCCCAGCCGGGUCAGGCCCACGCCCUGGGGCCCAGCGCCCCGCUGGCGGGCCCCGGCCAGCCGGUGGGCCUCCGGGUGAUCGGACAGCUUCCCGGGUGGCCGGCCAGGCCCGUGCGUUUACAGCAACUCUACCGGCCCAACCAUCACCAGCCGGAGCCUCCGUUUCGAUAGUGCCACUGCCUCGCCUCUCUGGACGCGGAACGGAAGAGGGCCGCUACAUGUCGCAGAGUUCACACGGGACACACGCUGCCUGAGGCCUUUUCAUUUCGGUCAUCCAACCGCCCAUAAGGCAUAUCAACAUUCUCAAAAGGGAGCUGAUCAGAAGCCAUAAAGUACCACAGAUGUAGCUACAAGCGCGCCAGUCAGGAUGUAACAAGGGACAUGGUUCUUGUUGUUGUUUUAUUUUCCUGGAAGGGACUGGUGGUUAUAGCUAGGCUAAACCAGGCCCGGGGCUGCACCACGGCGGCUAAUGGAGGCCACGCGGGCCAGUCAGAAUCCGUGGUUCCACACACAGGAUCUCUCGUCUGUCAAUGCGUCUGAAAGCAGCAGGGCUUCAUAAAUGGCUCAUUUGUUUUUGUUUUUUGGUGUCGAUUAAUGAAUAAAGUCCAAGUCAUGGUGUUUAUCAUGAACCCAAAAA